CAAUGCGGAUCGUAGCGCUCUCUCACGGUCAAUAGUGUUCCUACGGACGCAAACAAAGCCGUGCGUGCUGUUGCUGGGGCGCUUGCACCACUGUCCUGUGAGCGGUCCGCCGCGGACGACACAACAUGGCGAUGUGUUGACGGAGAGAGCGGGCCCCCGUCGCUGGUGUCGUCGAACCUUCGGCCGUGACGGAGGGGAAAGCCCGCCCGGCCGCGCCGAAGUCACACAAAGGAACCAUCGCGCUCCCGGAGCCGCGUGGGGGGUCGAUGCGUGCCAGGUUGACCGAGUUGCGGCGUGCCAUGAGCUUCUCGAGCAAAGCCAAGGCGACGAGGACGACAACAAAGCCUCCUCCGACAAGCGAACAGGACGUCGUCUCCACAGCGAAUGGCGAUGUUGCGAGCGACUGCGACAACAAUGCCGAGGUCGCCCUCAUCGACAGGCGGCUGCCCCGUGAGCUGCUCCUCAAGAUCUUCUCAUUCCUCGACGUCGUCUCGCUCUGCCGAUGCGCCCAGGUCUCCAAGGCGUGGAACGUACUGGCGCUCGACGGCAGCAACUGGCAAUCCAUCGACCUGUUCGAGUUUCAGCGCGACAUCGAGGGACCCGUCGUGCAGAACAUCGCGACCCGCUGCGGCGGCUUUCUCCGUCGCCUCGGACUUCGGGGAUGCCAGAGCGUCGGCGACGCGGCGAUGCAGGCGUUCGCCGCACGCUGCCGAAACAUCGAGGCCCUCUCGCUGAACGGCUGCCGACGCGUGACGGACGUCACCUGCGAGAGCGUCGGCGCCCACUGCUCGCGUCUCGUCGACCUGGACGUCGGAUCGUGCGGACAGCUGACCGACCGAUCGCUGAGGGCCGUGGCGGCGGGUUGCCGCAACCUCGAGCGCCUGGACGUCUCCUGGUCCCAGCAGGUGACGCCCGACGGCUUCGUCCGCGUCGCGCGCGGCUGCCCCCGGUUGCAAUCCCUGGUUGCCAAGGGGUGUCCGGGACUGGACGACGUCGCAUGCCGGGCGCUGGCCGAGGGCUGCCCGCGGCUACGCGCCGUGAGCUUCAACGAGUGCGUCGCCGUGACGGACGUUGGAGUCGUGGCGAUCGCGUCGCGCUGCCCGGACCUCGCGUACGUCGGACUUUCCAACUGCGCCCAGAUCUCGGACGCCUCGCUGCUGGCGCUAGCGCAGCACUGCCGGUCUCUGAGGACUCUCGAGGUUGCCGGCUGCUCCCGGCUCACCGACGUGGGCUUCCAGGCGCUGGCGCGCAACUGCGCGUCGCUCGAGCGCAUGGACCUCGAAGAGUGCGUCCACAUCACCGACGCGACCCUGGCGGCCCUGGCCGGCUUCUGCCCGCGGCUCGAGAAGCUAAGCCUUUCGCACUGCGAGCAGCUGACCGACGAAGGCAUUCGCCACCUGUCCGUGGGCUUGGAGAAACUCGUCCUUCUGGAACUCGACAACUGUCCCCUGGUCUCGGAGGCCUCGCUCGAGUACCUGUCGCGGUGCCCGGCACUGCGUCGCGUCGACCUCUAUGACUGCCAGCUGAUCACGCGCGAAGCCGUGGGCAAGUUCAACGCACGAAUGCCCCAGCUCCGCAUCCACACGUACUUCCCGCCGUUGCCGCCUCAGCCGCCGAGGAACAACGACGCUGGUCACGGCGACGCCGACGGCGGUGCGGCGCAGCCGUUGCGAGGUCGUGUCGGGACGCAGCCGCGUUACUGCCGCUGUUGCGUGAUUCUCUGAGACGGGGACUUCCCACACGGACGCUAAUCGCUUUUGUGUCUUUUUUUCUUUCUUUUCUGGAACUCUUUGUUGCCGUGUAGCGUGUCGUCUCGGGCCGCGCUUCACGUCGUUUUGAAACCACGGAGCGGCGGUCGUAUUUCACGUACCCGUUGCAUCGAGACGAGCGAGUCUUAAGCGAUUGAGCCAUUAAUUAAAACUUUCGAGGACUACCCGAGUCGCGCCCGCAGCCACUGACAGAGAUGAGAGGUUCCGGGACAUUGACCUCUUUUUUUUCUGAGGUCUCGUUGACUCGUUAUGUGGGCCGAUCGCACAGUUUUCAUAUCACUAGCGUUAUACUCCUAAGCAAGGCAUGCGCCUCAUCUCUCUGCCGAUACAAAAUGCACCCGCAAUCGGUGCUUGGAGCGCUCGUUGGAAGAGCAGUGGGAAAUGGGUACAUGUGCUGCAGUGGUUGAAUCCAAGACUGAAAUGUCGUCAACACUGCAGUGAAAGCUCAAACAAGCCACCUUUCUGGCUCCGUUAUGGUGUAGAUCCGAACAGGAAACAUCCUUGCAUAUGUCACGGUUUACAGCGAGGGUGGCGUUGCAGUUUGUUUCGUUCUUGCUGUGUCAACUGCUUGCCCCUUAAUUUGGUUCAGUGCUAUCCCACAAGUAUGAGUAGGAAACCCGCCAUUAACUAAUAGAAGCCAUGUAUGAUGAGUCUUGCAUUGUCUAUCGACCAGUUAAGCGGCUAGCCAAGUUGAAGUGGUUCAAGGGUGCAAUUCAUGUGGCAUGUUCAUUGCUUUAUCCUCACUUAUUUAGGCUGCGUUUGAAGUGAAGGGGCAGUUGAGUUGUUAAUUUGCUCUGCCACGUUGACCCUUGCAGUUGGAGUAAUGAGUCUUGAGUUUACAGCUUCUUGACAAAGAUAUACUUGUGCUUGACGUUUGAAAGUCUCGCUGGAUAGCAUGUCCCUGUUUGGCUUUCCUUCUUGUGGGUGCUGCGUUGCUGUUUCAUCGUUUGCACAGUUCUUUCUCUGUACUUUGGUAACCUGUUGGUCGUGCGCAGGCUGUGAUUUUAUAGCUUGAAGCUUGCUUUUUCGGACAAAGCCGUUGACAUUUUACCCAGUGACGUUACCCGCUACUUGCUUUUAGAGUUUGUUUGCAAUAUGUUUUCCCCGGUACCUGUAGUAGUUUUUAUUUUUUAACGUAGGUGCUCCGCUUUCAUUGUUACCCUGACGCAACGAUAGUGAGGACUAACAAGUGUGUGUGUGCAGUGUUCUUCAGUGUGUCAGUGCGUAGACCAAAGCUUUUCUACAAGACUUGGUGGCAUUCUGCUUAUGUUAAUGACUUUCAUUUAUAUUAGCAAGUUAUACGAAUGCAUUGUUUAACGAAUACGUUGUUUAACCCCCUAAUGGCUAGACCACGAUAGACUUGGAAGAUGUACUAACCGCGUUGUGUGGUGUGUCUCGUUGAAAUUUGUCAAUUUGACAUGUAACAGCGAGUCUUGGCCUACGUGUCUUUUGAACUGGCUUGUUUUUUGUAGUCAGUGCUUUUAGGCGAACUUUCUUAAGUGUCCUUAAUACCCAAUCGCACAGUAUAGUUGAUGCUGCAUGAACUGUGACAUAUAGAACUAUACACAGCAUCUCACCGUAUUUUUUUACUAAUAGGUUUCAUAUGAAAUGAACUUGUUUUCCAUUUCUCACUUACGCACGCCAGCACCGCCACUGUGGUCCUCGCCUUGUGCUUUUCCAUGUGUGUAGCUUAUCGUAUAGUUGGCAUUGUGUGCGCUAGUGUGGGCGCGUCGGAAUGUGCAGCAAAACAGUGUCGGGUCUCUUUGGGGACACACUAACAAAGUGCAUCGUUAUCAUCGUAAAUACCAACUGCGUUUCUCGGAAGAUGUCCUGAGCUCUUCAGAACGUUUGAAAGUCCUUCCAACCAUUUUUCUUGCGAUGCCUUUGGUUUAUCGAUAUUGUUUAAAAAGUGGACUUUGACAUUCAGUUUUGUGGUUGUGUCGCACAAACGUAUGUGGCAGGUUUGAAAGCAGUUUCCUUUGUCUUAGAGUCCAUGGUGCCUUGGCCGCCCGAUCGGCUUUGAGGGCGUCGCUUUGAAUACGUACACGCUGUCCGAACUGGUAGAAGAAUAUUCAAUAUGGAUCUUGUAUGCUUUCAAUACGCACAGGCUGUCCAAAUUGGUGGAAACGGUUGUGCUGAAAUGUGGGCCGGUGCACACUUUUGUCAAUAGUCUUUUUUUUGACAUGCUUGGAUGUUUGUUGAAAUCACCACCUCUGCAUGUAUUAUUGCUUCACAAAUUGAUAGUGCCUUUAGAGUUGGAACUUUGGCUGUCUUUCCUCGCCUUCUUGGACGAUGUGUCGUUAGACCCAAACGCUUAAGUUCUCCUUUGAAAAUGGAGCAGUGUUUAAUCUCUGUGAUCGCUUGAGUGCGUUUCUGUCUACUUCCUUUCUGGUUACUGCCACCUACAUGCAUUAAGUUUUCUACUAGAAAUACUAGAAAGAUGUCUGACCAGAAGUGUGUCUACGCUUUGCAAGCCAGCUCAGCGUGAGAAGGAUCGGCUAUAUGUUGGUUCCUCUGAAACUUCGUCCUUGUAGGUUUCUGUACUGACCUUUCUUAUGCUUCGAUGUCAUCGGGCAUUGGCCCUUUGACUGCCAUUCAUAUCCUUUCCUUCUCUCUACCUUUGCAAGACGGCUGUCUUUGGAAUUUGUUUGACUAUUAAAUUAUUCGGAAUUUAGAAACUCGUCGCUUGUUAGAAUUGUCGUAGCUGAAAUGUCACCUGGGUUUUAGCUGCAGCCUUGCAGGCUCAAGGAAAAGGCAGUUGUAGUUUUUAUUAGAGCAUAGAAUUGGGUAACGGAGAAUGAAAGGGGACGAGAAAAGUACAGUAGAAGGUGAUCCUGAACAUGUAGGUUAUAGCACACGCAGCCUAAGUUUCCACAACUUCUCCAUGCUCUCGAAAUUUCUUCGUAAAGUGUACUGUGAUAAUGAUAGAAAAAAACUUAAGUCAUGAGCAAUAACGAUGUUAUUGUUUGGCCAAGGAUGCUCUCAUGCCAUUGGAAACCUUUUCCAUCAUUUGUCAGCACACUAGGUGAUUGACCCACAAACAAUAGCCAAAAAGCCACAGUGUCUUUCUUUCCUUUUUCAUGAAACCUGCAGCGAUUCAUGAAAUGUCACCUGCUUUUUGUAAUUUAAACAACUGUGACCUCCCAGUUUUCUUAUGGUAGUGUUUGCAUGAAACACUGUGCUUGUAUCAUCAGCCACUUACCUGUCCAAUUAUCGAGCUUCUGAUUUCAUUCUGUGCAUGGGAAAGAGGAUUGAGAAAGAAGUGAAAUCCUCGUAAACCGUUGCGAGAGGAUACGAAAACAAAAACACAAGGGAAUAUCCUCGCUACUUGAAACACAGUGUCGUCAUUCUAGGCGUCCGCAUUGUGGCCUCACGCCCGACCGUCUUAUCUAGUGCCUAUGCUAGCGGUCACGUGCCUUCAUGGAGUGUUGCGAGGUCUUGUUUGCAUGAACAGAUUUGCGCUCGGGGUCGCGAGAGAGAGCCGAGUCUUUGGAACGGAAUCUAGCCGUAAUUCGCACCUUCUUGCUCACCUGUGCAGAUUGCAGUACCGUCAAGUGCUGCCGAGCAUUGCGGAAAUUUGUCGCUCCUCUGCAUUCUCCGAUUGUGACAUGGUUCGUGGUUGUGGCGUUUCGUCGCUGCGCGUCGUUCAGAUUUAUUCGCCCUUUAUCUGCUUGGUCAUUGCACUCUGAAAGAGUUUGUUUUGGUGCAGAAGGUUUGUAAGCCUGAAUCUUGUGUGUUGGUCCUUUCGUUAUGAGGCCGCAACUUUAGUUGCUAGAAACUGACUCACAUAACGAGAGAACAAAAACAAUAGUUCGUUCACACCAAGUUUGUUGACCUCGCAUGUUUGUUCGCUCUAUCGUGCAGACAAAUCUGUGCGCAGCUCGAGUUUUGAGCAUGCAAACAAAGUUUUCAUGAUCUAUUUAAAGCAAAAUUGUGUCUGUGAAAGAAAGCAAAUGUUGAAAAAGUUACGUUUCAUACUGACAGUCUCUUUUUUUCAUUUUUCUGCCACUUAUUCCUCUGUCCAGUGGUUCCGGCCUAAGUCCAAGGUUGGAUAAGCUGCCGAUAAAAUGUUAUCUGUGGCGAGAUAGCGACCACGAGGUGGUGUGGUUUUUGUGGGCGAUACUACUCGCGCGGGCCUUUGCAGUGUCCCCUCACUGUUUGCUCUGGAAACUGUGUUGUGUCACAUCCUUCCGGUGGCGUUUCUAGCUUUUUUUUCAUUACUCAGAACCAGAAAGAUGGCCGGGAGUCGGCUCGCACAUUCCGAACACAGCUUGCGUGGUUUGGGUGGUGUGUGCUCCACGCUGCCUUGGAUAUUGCGUAACUUGAUACGUUUUGCCGCUUGCCUUCACGUUCAUACUGCUGUCUUCUUGUAUUUGCUAGAGAAACCCUUUGUGUGAUCUCCGGUGGGGAGUCGAGGACUGUAGGCUCCAGUGACCAAAGUGAGCGGCUCGUCCCUUCAGCGUUUGUUAUACUUGAGGACCGGUCGAACACUCGUCGGCUUAUGCCUUGCAAAGGGAACACGUGUUACACCUGCAAUUGGACAUGCCUUGCAUGAUUGCUGUGCUUGUGGGGAGGGUCCACGCCCCAGCUCCGUAGAGGUGGUCUUCUUUCUCAUGUACAGUGCUCGCAGACUGAAAGGCGACGCAAAAUUUUUAGUAUAACGACUGGUUUGUUUAAUUGCUCGAGAUAACCACAUCGCGUCACUACGAAUCUGGCCACUAAAGGUAAUGUUGUCCCUGACGUAAGUGCUUGAGUCAAAAUUACGCCGAUUUGGCACGAACUGAAUACGGUGGUAACGAAUGUACGUGUGUGACUUGGCCCUCAACUGUUGCGUUUCAGUUCACGUGUACUAUACAAGCAUAAAGACCGGUCAUGUCACUUUCAAGGAGUAAAAAUCCUGGGCAGCACGCUUGGCCCGUCGCCGACUGUUUAGUUGCCUCCACAGCACUCGUCAUCUUGCUUGUGCCUUAGAAGAAGAAAAAGUGAUGUACGCCGGACUUGGCAGUAGGUUUUCGUACGUCGUGCCCGACAGCUCAGAGCUUUGCUGCCACGCCACAUGGGGGUGCACAUCAUGCUGCAGCUGUAGUUAGUGCCUUCUGGUGGUAGAGCUCACAGUAGGUGGGAGCUUAACGGUGCCUGGUUUUUCCUUUACUUCGUCCGGUGUGUGCUCUAGUUGGUGGAUGUUUUUCUCUUCCAUGUAUCGUCAGUGUGUGCACGUGUGUGUAUGUGUGUUUGUACGAUAGCGGUAACUGUUCGCUCGAUUGGUGCUCAAAGUGGUUUGAUGACGUGUGCCGUCGACAAGUUUAGUGCCCAAAGGUAUUUAUAGGCUGCUGUGGUGGUGUUACCCUAGGAAAUGGUGUGAUGCGUGUAGUGGAAACAACUUAGACAAUGUUAUUUCUACGGACAGCUUUCCUCUUUCUCAUUUUAUAAAUAAAACAAUUGUGAAUCGUU